UUGCCGAAAAAAAAAAACCCUCCGUUUUAUUUUGUUAUUGAUUUUUUUUCUUAAAAUUUAUUUUUCAAGCAGAAUAUUCGAGCUGGUAUAUUUGCGCACAGCUUAGAGAUGAACGUGGCAGUCGAGAAAUGGCUUUUUGGAGAAAGUUUCUUUAUCCAGUAAUACGACAAUCUCUGAUUCUAAAACCUUCUUCCUGUUCAUCAAUCUCUCUUUCCAGACGACUAUUUCAUGGUAAGUUGGAAUCUCUAAAGGGCCCUGAACCUCUACUUGGAAGCCGCGCUUCAAGAUUUCAAUGGAAAUUGAAUGCUCAACGAAAACGUUUGCGGAAUUUCUAUUUCUCAGGCAGCAAAUUGGGAAUUGGAAGUGUCAUUGGCUUUUCAGCUGUAAUUGGAUCAAUAAGCUUUUGGUCGCGUGUUGGAUAUUCUAUGGAUGGCCGUGAUAUAUUGGUGCAUGAUGAUCAUGUAGAAUCAUCAUGUGCUUCAGAUUUUGAAGAAGAACCAUAUUCCCUCUGGACAUUUGCAAGAAAAUUUUGGCUUCCUAUUUUCUUCUUGGUUACUCUAUGGAUGCAUUUGGAUCGUCCAAUUACAAUAAUUGCAACUAAAGUGAUUCUUUUCCUCCUUACAACAAAACCUAGUAGAUUUUCUGUCUAUGUUUUUGUUGAUGAGCUAUGUCAUCAAUGUAUGCGCCAAGAGCCUCAAUUGUAUUACCUAAAGUCAUUAUAUGCGCACAAAGUUGAAGUUCAAGACUACCAGCUUUUCUGCAUUGCUACAGUUGAAGUCAGGGAUCAAAAAUUCAUUUUAAUAGGAAUUCUCGGUGGUUGGUGGGCUUGGUCAAGGUCACCAAGUCCUUGAGUGUUUUCUUUACUUGGAUAUAAGGUUCUAAAUAAUUAGUGAUACAAUUUAGACAGAAGAACCUGAAUUUGGUUGAGUUGAGCUGCUAACCACAUUCAAGGUCAGUUGCAUUCAGUUUCAAGGUAGUCAAUACAUGACGAUAGAAGAUUUACUAUGAUUUAGGGUCAUAGAUACACUUGAACACAGAUCGGUGAUUUCAAUAUAAGACUUUAGGAUAUGCGUUAUGCCUUUAACAAGUUUAGGCUCCCAGCUUCAGUUCUCCCCUGUUAUUUUAGAGCUAUGGUUUGGCAAAAACAUGUUUUGCAAUAAUGAUCUGAAUUCCAAAGCCAAUGAAAGAUGAAAAUUUAGUUGUUUA